AUGCGAACCAGCUUAGUAGCCGCGAAGCCCAGUCGUCAGCAGUUACGUGGUCCGAUUCCCAGCAGCCGCACUACCCAGCCUUUGUCGAUAGUUGCUCUAGUGUCGCAACACUCAGAGCUCGCCGACGAAGCAAAGCUCGGCCUAACAUCAAGUGUCGUUAUACCUCAGCUACUCUUGAUAACUCGGACCAGACACAUAGAUUGUCGGUCGCUACUCCCAAACCCGCAAAGGUCUAGUAUCUUUGCCUCGAGUCGCAUGGCUUCUCAGCUCGACUCUAUUAAAGUGGAAAGCUAUGCAUGCAAGGUCCAGUAUCCUUGCCUUGAGUCGUCUGGAUUCUCAACCCGACUCUAUUAUAGCGGCAAGCUCCGCGUGCAAGGUCCACCCAACUUUAUUAUAGCGGCAAACUCCGAUUGCAAGGUCCAGUAUCCUUUCCUUGAGUCAUCUGGCUUCUCAGCCCGACUCUAUUAUAUCGGAAAGCUCCACAUGCAAGGUCUAAUAUCCUUGCCUCGAUUCGUGUGGCUCCUCAGCCCGACUCCAUUAUAG